AUUUUGCCCCUCGGGGCAAAAAGACUUAGCGCGUGCAAAACAAGACGUCUGUCUGUAAUUUCAUUUUCAUUGAAGUUGUAGCAAUGCGUGGUUGUCAUUCGUAGUUCUGUGAUGUUUUGAGUACUUGCAUUACAUUUUGUUAUUUAGUCCGCAUAAAUUUGUGUUCAAUUGUAUCGAGCUGUUUCGCGUACUUAUACAAUGAUUAAAUUAUUUUUUAAAAAGUUAUGUUUUGGAUAUGGCCAAGUUUUUGCUGAAAUAUUUUGAAAACCAGUAAAAAAAUUAAUUGUUAAUGAAAAUGCCAAAAUUUUACAAGAGUGUGGAAUAACAGAUAACUGUCAAAAUGGGUAGAAUAAAUAGUUUUGCACGCCAUAGUGUAUGCUUUUUGUCAUUCAUCAUAUGGCUUCUUGGUGGUAUUGUCCUAGGCACUAUGAUGUGGGUUUUAGCAACUACACCUACUGUGAAAAGUUUUUUUACUGGUAGUUUAGUAUUCACGUACAUAGUAUUAUCUAUGGGCUCAUUACUUUUCAUAAAUGGUAUUCUGGGGUGGAUAGGUUCUUACAAAAGAGGUACCUGCCUCAUGAAAUUUUAUUUAGUUCUGUCAGUUUUAACAAUAUCAGCAGAAGUUGGAGGCAUAGUUGCAUUGAAUGUUCUUAGAAUGAAAAUGACUGAUGUUCUUAGCACAGCAUGGGGAGAAGUAAAUCAAGUAACAAAAAAUGUUGUACAAGAACAUUUUGACUGCUGUGGGUUUCUUGGACCACAAGAGUUUGCUGAUACUACAGAUCCCAUUGAUGAUAGCUGCUACUACAUGGUGAAGUCUGAUGAAGAUGUAUCGGUUGUACAGAUGAAAACUUUGAACAGAAUAGGAUGUAAAGAAAAAUUAGUAGAUUGGUUCUACAGUAACAAAGUUAUUUGGAUUGCCAGCUUAGGUGGUUUAUUACUCUUACAGGUGAUUGUUGUUUUGUUUGCUGUUUAUGUCAUAAACCAAAUAAAAAGAGCUAGAAGGUCAAAUAAUUCUUCAUGUAAUGAUAUACAUUAUCAUACUAGACUAUGACGGAGAUAUGCAUUUUCAGGAAACAAACUGCCUAACAUGUAUAUUUUGUUGGCUUUGCAGAACAGGAUGGAUACAAAAUGCAUAUUGUUUCAUUUUUUUAAAAAUUGUAAUACUGUGUGUUUUUCUGUCAUUUUUUUUAACUAAUGAUGAAGUGCAUAUGAAUGGAAUUUAGAUUUGUAAUAUAUUUUUGUAUAUCAUCAUCAUAUCUACAUGUGAGGACAAUUUUUUAUUUUAAUAUAAAAAUGCUAAGCCACACUAAUAAAAUAUCAAACAAAGUGCCAAUAUAAAUAUUAAAUUAUAUAAUUUUAUAACCAAAUAAUUUAUUAUAAUUGAUUUUAUAUUUUUACUUUGAACAGUAUAAAUCAUUUGUUGUACUUUUAUGCCUUGUAUUGUGUUUUAAAAGUUAUGAAAUCAUCAACAUUAAAUAUGCAUAAAAAUUAGCUUUCACAUCAGUGUUAUUGAUGUAUUUAAUUUUCAGUUUGUUCUAUACAAAAUAUAAAUUAAAAAUUUUAUUCAUAUGUUUUUAGGAAUGAGAUAAAAUUUAAAUCUGUCAAAAAUUAUCAGAAUGCGGUAGGCACACUAAGAUAGAUUUUUUUGGGGGGAGGGGUGAGUGGGCCAUAUUGAGUUUAGUUCAUAUUUUCAUCAAUAGAUCACACUGCCAGUAUCAUACUGUGUUUUAUAAGAAUAAAAGAAUUAAGAUUAUGUAGCAUUUUACUCACAUUUAUGAGCAUAUUAUAAUAAUCAUAAUGUAGCAAUCCAUGAAUUCUUAAUUGUAUUCUUUAAAGAGUUUAAAUUUGUACAUUUCAACAGUAUGAAUAGUACAGUAUUGAUAUUUUGAAUUAAAACAUAUUUUAGGCCUACCACCAGAAAUAAAACUGUUUCAGCCUUGUCUUCAGGUGCAAAUCACAGUUGAUACACUUUGUUUAUUUUAAAUG